AUGACAUCUGGUGAACUGCAGCAGAUAAAUAAGAGCACCCAGAAUCUGCCGCCACACAUCGACUUCAAACAGGUCAUUCUACAGGUUUCAGCACCAGCCGUCCCAGUGAGGGUGGGGGUCCCCGCGCAGAGGAGGUGUAGGCGGUCAGUCAGGGGGGGUUUCUCCCACUCUUGCUCCCUCUCCCUGCACCCAGCUCAGCAUGCCCCAGCCCCUGAGCACCUCCACAGCUCUCCCAGCUCCACUACCAUGUGUAGAUGGACAGUGACACAAGGUGCACCGGUCGCCUGGUUCUCCUCCUGCCCCUGCCGCAGACCUCCUUCACACUUCCUCCUCUCCUUUACCUUUCUCCUCCUGCUUCUGCUGCUCAGACCCUCCUCAUCCUCGCCGCUGUCAGCUCUGUCAGCAGACUCUGAGAGGAACCACGAUGCACAAGGAGGGAGCCCUCCUGACGUCUUCACCUCACCCGUUCCAGUUUACUCAUCACCGCAGCCGCUGCACGCAUCCUCCGCGAGGUUGCCAAGGGCGACCAAUGUGUCAUCGUCUUCGGCGACGGUCGUCGGGCGCCACGUGCGGAGCAGCUACAACCAUCUACAGGGAGAUGUGCGCAGGAGGAAACUUUUCUCCUAUCAGAAAUUCUUCCUUCGAAUUGACAAGAAGGGGAAAGUUAAUGGCACCAAAAGUGAGGAUGAUCCAUACAGUAUAUUGGAGAUCAAGUCAGUGGAUGUGGGAGUGGUGGCCAUCAGGGGUCUCAGCAGUAACUACUACCUGGCGAUCAGCAAGAAGGGCGAGCUGUACGGAGCGAGGGACUUUGGUCCAGACUGCCGUCUGAUCGAACGCAUUGAGGAGAACAAGUAUAACACCUACGCUUCAGCAGAGUGGCGCAACAAAAAGAAGCACAUGUUUGUGGGACUGAACGCCAAUGGCAAACCAAUGAGGGGGAAGAAGACAAGGAGGAAAAACACAGCCACUCACUUCCUGCCCAUUGUGGUACAACCACGAUGAUUGGACAUAUCAGCCAUGAGAGAGCUCUGCACGUGGCAGGCUAUCAGACUUUGUUGGAGUUACAGCGGUGGCUUUAUUGGACUGAUCUAAAUCAGAUCUGAAUGAUGCACUGAGGAGGAAAAGAACUGAAACAGAAGAACAUUUUAUCUCUUGGAUAAAGACAUUUCUAUUUUUAAAGAAAGAAAUAAAAUAUAUUGCUAUACAAUGUAUAUAUUAUUUUCAGUUUUAAGUUAUCAAGUACAUUGGCACAGUGGAAAAUAUGGAAAGAAAUUAAAUCCGUGCCAAAAUGUGAUUAGUAAAUAACUCACAUUUCUAGAUUUGUAAACAUGUGAAGCUCUAGACUAAGAUGAGGAAAAAUGAUGGUAUGUGUAAGAGAGGAAUAAGGAAAGAAAAGGAAGUAUUGACACAAAGGGAGAAGAAGAGAUGAGACAAUUAAAGGCUGAGGAAAAGUUAAGAGUCAAGAAGCUCCAACACAGUAGCAAGUCCAGCACUAUCAUGGUUUUCCUUUGAAUUUAUUUAUUUUGUGUAAUAUUUAACAGAAAAGAACAAAAACACAAAAAGGACAAUUCUUGUCUUGGUGACCAUUUAUGCUUCUCUUUUUGAAUACUUAUCAUUUAAACCUGAAUAAAUAUAAAGAUAUAUUUGUCUUUAA